AUGGCUCUCACCUCUCAAGAACUGGCGGACAUCGCCUACGCCAAGUCCGCGACCUUCCAGGAUCGAUGCGACGCCGAGCGUGAGCUAGCCGACCUACUGCAUGAUAUGGCAGCACGGCGUCGUUACCAAGCAUUCGACCUCCAGCAAGAAGCUUUCAUGCAAAGGCUGCAUUCAGGUCAGCUGAGCGGCUUGUGGAGUAAGGUUGAAGACGUCGAGGACGACGGCCGCGUGCUUGAGAUUGAGCAGGAACAUACGAGAAUGAUUCAAGAACGCAUCAAGCGCAUACGAAGUGAGCUCAGAGAUCUGGAGAAGUUUCUGGAUGAUCCUUACAUCGACACUGAUCCCAGCCGAGUCGAUUCUGUCGAGCGAACUCCUGCGUUCAACACCGAAAAAGCUGGGCAGCCCCAACCCCAUAAGCGCAAGCACGAUUUUCAACCUGUCAAGAAGGAGACCUCCUCUCCUUCCCUCGAAUGCGCAGGAGGCACAACGAUUCAGGAUUUCCAGGAAGCUCCUACGAUGAGGCGCCAUGUAGCGUCUGGCAGUGGCUGGGCAUGCAUCAACAGUCAAGUACAAGAUGGCGGCAGUAGACAUGUGGAUCCAAACAAUGGCAUAGCUCGCAGCAAAGAGAUUGGUCUGAUGCAGUUCACAGAUCGGCGAGAUUGGAAUGAAGGCAGGCUGGUUCAACGCAAAGCACGGAAGCUAGGACGGUUGCACUACGACUGA